AUGUCUCUAUUGAAUUUAACUAAUUUAACUCGAAAAACGGUUAUAUCCUUACCAAAGCCUCCCAUAACACUUCAUGGUAUCGAAGGUCGAUAUGCAACUGCUUUAUACACAGCAGCCACCAAGUCAAAUACUCUUUCCAAUGUUGAGAAUGAACUUAAACAAAUAAAAUUAGUAAUUAACAAGGAUAGUAAAAUUCGUGCUUUACUUGAAGAUCCUUCUUUAAAUCGAAAUGAUAAGAAACGUACUGUUCAAGAGCUUCUUAAACAAGGGAAGUAUUGUGAUACCACCAAAAAUCUGUUUGAUUUAUUGGCUGACAAUGGAAGACUUAACGAGUCUUCGAAGAUUAUUGAUGCCUAUAUAUCAUUGAUGACUGCUCAUCGUGGUGGUUUGAUGAUUGAACUUGGUGAAGAUAAAACUAUUGAUUUAUCUGUUGCUUCUAGAAUUGCUAAACUUAAUAAAUUAUUAACAGGUAAAAAAUGA